UGAUGAAGCCUCGCCAUGAACGGGAGGAAGAGUGGUGCACACAAUGCAUUGCACUGACAAGGGUUGUGUCUCCUUAUUUUCACGAGAAAUUUACUAUUCAGUGCAAACUUGUGAAUAGCCAGCAUCGGACUGGUUGCGUUUCCCCGCUUCUUCAUUUACAUUCUGGAUUGAGUGGAGUUAAUCCGUUGCACUGGGACGCCGGCGUGUGCUUCAACUUGUCCUAAACAUUGGAUUACAGUCUCGGCAGCACAAGGAGCUGCCCAGCCCAAAGGGGGCUUGGCCCACACCCCGAUAAUGGAAAUCCACACCGAGGCUCUACCGACUGGGCCUUGAUUAUAUUUCCUUAUAAUGGGGCUAAAAUGGAAGAAGAGUUGGGCGCAAAAAGCAAAAUUGGAUUACUCAGAUGGUGUUAAGUUGUUGUGAGGGACUUUACAUUUUCUGCACUUCCGUUUAAACGGAGAGGUUUGUGGCUAACAGCUGGAACGGCUAAGGCUAGCAAGCCACUGUGCUAAUGUUACGUCUUUCUUUUGAUGUAAUUUAACCAUUAUCAUCGGCCUUUAAUAUUAGAUGAGUGGAAGGUGUUACCUUCCGAAUGUUGAAUUUAGGUUUAACGGUUUAAUGAACUGCAGGAAUUAUCCAAGAACCCAGAUGUGUUUUAAGAAUAUUGUUUUAUUCUUAGUCGCUAGCAAUAUUGUUUGUGUUUAGUUAGCUGCGUACUUGUUAUCCAAAAGAGCUAUUUUGUUGAAAAUCUGGGCCAAAGUGUACUAUCGGAACCCAGUAAAGUGCAAUGUAUUUCUCUAAAAUUACUUGAGAUGUUCAUGAAGACUUUGUAGCCUAUGACCAAAUCCUGUCACCACCACCGGGUUGCUGCUAUCGCGUAUCUGGGUUAUUGGCCUUGCUAAACUGCUAACAUCUUGCUCACGGAAAUAAAUUUGACAGUGAGUGUUAUAAUCAGGGCAUUAUAACAUCCUGGUUAAGCAAGGACUCAGUUCUCACGGUAUAGUAUACAAUUUAAGUGGCAGGGACCAGGAUUCGCUUUGUUUUGACAUUAGUGUGGUCUUGUCUUUUUGUUUACAUGCGUAUAACUCAUUUGUUUUGCAAGCUAAUGUUAGCCCCCUCUAGCAAACAGCCAGUGGCGUUCUGACACUUCGGCAUGCCGUGGAUUUUCAGCAUUUCUUUAUGGAUCUAUCUUUCUAGUCAGACUGAUUGAAAUGACUUUAAAAUUCCGCCGAAAGAAAGGCACGGAUGCCAACAGACUGUGUUCGACAUACGGAGAAUAAAAGCCACUGGUUUCAUUAACGCCAUUUUGCAGGGCUCUUGUUAAAGGCCCGUGUUGUGUUUAAUCUUCGCCGGACCGGAUCUAGGUUAAAGUGCCUUUGGUGUCAUAGCUCGGAGCUUGGUUAUGGAGGGUCCCAGCCGCAGCACCGGGUUUAGACAGAGCCGACGGUCGCGGUCUCAGCGGGACAGAGAGCGGCGGCGGCGGAGAGUGGACUUGAAUGAGCAGCGGGCCACAUCUCUGUCCUCGGGGUCCGAUCAAGAGGCCUGUGGCACCAAUGGAGUCCGGGGCCCUGGAGGGAGAGAAGGCAGACCGGGCUUUGGCAGACACAGGCCGCCGCGCCGGAGGAAGCGGGAGUCUGUGUCCUGUGAGGAGGACAUCAUCGAUGGUUUCGCGAUUGCCAGCUUCGUUAGCCUGGAGGCAUUAGAGAUGGACUGUUCUCUGAAGCCCAAUCAACGCUCUGACAUGUCGGGAAGGAGGAACAAGGGGAAACGAGGUCCGGAGCAAAAUGGAGGAGGCCCACUGUCAGAUCCAGAGGCAGGUGGACCUCAUAGUGUUCAUCGAACCAAAAAAAGAAAGAUGGAUGAGCAGGGAAUGCCUUUGGAAACUGGCUACAUUUGUGACACUGAGAGUGAUUCUGGUGGCAAGGCUUCUGACAAUGAAAUUGACCCAGUCUUCACCGUUAGUACUAGGAAAGUUGUUGAGCCACCAGUGACGAGCAUGGGCUCAUCCAUUGGUAAAACUGGCCCUCCACUGCAGGUGCGCUGUGGGAGUGUCUCACGGUUGAUGGUGACCCCACGUGUGUCUGGUCUGGAGCGAAGUCAGGAGAAAAGCCAGGAACAAAAUUUCACAGAACCAGUUGCUACUUCUACCUCUACUGCUUGCCUGCCUUCCCACUCCUCUGUUCCUCGACCUAAUGCCAUCAACCCUGGCAGUAGCCCCCACAAUGCCAACUCUCCACUCUCAAAACCCAAGCCCUUUCUCACGUUACCUGGUCGAUCACAACCUAUGUAUAGCAGUAACAGGAGUAGUACUCCUGUCAAACCAACCUCAUCUGCGUCAUCAAUGGCCACUUCUUCCAUGCGUCCGCCCACACCAUCCACAAGUGUGUCUCUGUUGUACAAUAGAGGCUCCAGCUCCUCUCUGCCUCUCAGACCUCCUUCACGAGCCAGUGCUGGAGCACUUUUCACCUCAUCUCCUGGUCUCCCACCUCCACCUCCUCUGCUACAAGGACCAUCACAUACGUCUGCAGCAGAGCGUGAAGGCCGGCGUAGUGUCCCUGGGUCAGAGAAUGCCACAGCGGGCCGCACCACUCCUGCCUCCAGUUCCACACCAGGGUCUUCAAGUAGGACAUCGCAGAACCAGCCCAGCAUACCAGUCCAGUUCCAUCAGCACAACCACCAGCACCAACACACGCACACACACCAACACUUCACACCUUUCCAGUACCCACCAGCUGCUGCACCACCACUGUUUGAGAAGUAUGGCAAAAUGAAUGAGCUGUACCGACACCCUUUUUUCCCACAAUUCCCACUCUCAGUGCCGAGUAUUCAGCCUGUGAUUCCUCCGACUGGGCCUUUUAGCUCCUUACAAGGAGCAUUUCAGCCAAAGCCUCUUGUCCCUCAGGGAACUGCUCCUGACCUAACUGCUCGACUUGGGGUUGUGCCUCACCAUCUUCAGCCCAAAGACCCCAGGCUUACUGAUCCAUUUGGGACAUCGUUGAAAAUCAGUAAUAAACCAGGGAAAUGGUGUGCUAUGCAUGUCUAUGUGGCCUGGAUGAUUUUAAGCCAUCAGAAGAAAGUAAAGUUAAUGCAAGCUGAUCCUCACAAAUUGGACUUCCGGAGUGACCUGCUGGCCCGUCUUCCAGGGGCUGGCGGACUUGGUCCACUCGGACCAAUGGGGGGAUCACUGCCCCCUACUCACGACCUGACAAGGCCUCCCACUCUGUUUUCUGCUACAGGUGGUGUCAAUCCUUCCACUGCGCCUUUCAUCACUCCAUCUACACCCCAUUCUUCAUUCCUGACACCGUCACACUUGGAUCCUUAUGGUCGCUCACCACCCUUUACCCCGCUGGGAGCCUUGGGCUCUGGUGCCUUUGGGGGACUGGGCAGCCCAUCUCUGGGUGGUUCUGUAUUUGGUCCUAAAGACUCCCCAGCAAGUGUGGUGGGGGGCUUAUCCUCUAAUCAUCAUGACCCUUGGAGUCGUCUACAUGGUGGUCCUCCUGGUUUCCCUGGGCCCAGCUGGGCUAAAGGCCCUGAUAAAAGGGAUGAUCGAGGGAAAGAUGCAGAAAGAAGAGAUGUCCCUCAUAUUAAAGAUGAAAAAGACAGAGACAAUAUGCUGUAUGGCCGACCUCCUGUGAGAAUGUCUCCAGUUGGCCCUGCCUUCAAACCCCGCAGUAGCACCCCAGUUUCCCACAUAAAUGGCCACAGCAGUGCCCUGGGGCCAAGCAGUGGACCCAUUGAAGACCUGACCCGCAGUUUAAAUCGGGACAGAGACCGUGAGAGGGAGGCAGAUAAGAGACCAUUGCCAACAGUGUCCUCAAGGGGGCCUCCUGUUGGUUCUUCCACUUUAUUAGGAGAUAGGGAAAGGCCACGGUCUUCCUCCUCCUCUGUGCUUACCACACCUCCACCUUCCAACCUCUCUGCACCUUCACCCCUGGACCUUUACCCACGCUCUCUUGGCUCAUCAGCACAUGGCCACCAUAAUGAAUCCACACACUCCCAAAGAGACGGCAACCCUCCUGCUUCCUCUGUAGCUUCUGCCUCUGUCACCACUUUGACUCAGGCCAAGAAGUCUGAUCGGACAACACCUGUCUCCAAAUCUUCCCUACUUGUUCCCCCAGUCAAAGUGAAAGAGGAGAGAAAAGAGGAACCAGAGCACAUCCCCAUCACACUGCCACCUCCCCCAGCACCAAAUCAUACCUUUGACCGCCCAAACAGCCAUCCACUCCAUCCUCGCUCUGGCACCCCCUCCUCCUCAUCUUUAACACCCACUCCAGGUGUUCCCCUUCCCCCACCCACCCCAAACCCACAUCUCUCUCUGCUAGACCGCACUCGAGCUAUCGAUGCUUACCUGGGUGGUGCAGGUCCCGGUGGACUGGUGGUUGGUCCAGGAGCUGACCGUUUCCAUCCUGGCCCAACACAUGGACCUUCUCAGGGGCCACACAGCUUCACAUGGGACCCGUGGAGGGAGCUGGCGGUUCAGCAUCAGCAGCAGCGCAGAGAGGCCUUGGCACUUCGGUCGGACCCUCACCUUGCACUGCGCUCAGAUCCACAUCUGGCUCGUCUGCUCCAGCACCAGCGCCUCCUGGAGGCAGAGAGGGUUGCAGCAGUAGCAGCUGCUGCAGCUGCACCUCACCAUCCACCUACGUCUACCUCUACUCCCUCCAGCUCUGCUGUUCGCCAGGAAUUCAGCCUUAUGGCCCACCCUUUUGACCGCCACCAUCAGCUCGGACCUCCUGGAGGUGGGCUGAUUGAUGAGGAGCAGCGUGCUCAGAUUCUGAGAGAAGACUUUGAAAGGGCACGUUACUUUAGCAUGCAUCCUCAUCUCCCUGGGUCUCACCUCUCCAGUCCCUCUCAUGCUGCUACUGCUGCCCACUUGGAACAGCUCCACCCGGGCCUCCUAUCCCAUCCCCUUCCUCCAGGAGCCUCUGCAGCCCACCACGCAGGCCUUUACUCACGGCUCGCCCCCCUAAACCCUCAUAUGGCCAAUGGCAUCCUGGCAAAGACCCCUGCUGGGCUGGUAGGAGCCCUGUCAAUGGGGCACCCACCACCCCUCAUUCCGUCCGUGACCAGUCGGUCCGCUACUCCCCCUCGCAGACUUGGAGCACCAGGUGAGCUGGCCCUGUUCAGUGCUCAUAAAGACGGAGAGUCCAGAUAGUACUGGGACAAUGCUGGAGGAUAUUAAGGGAAAUGUCAGGAUCACUGUGCUGCUCUCAAACAACCCCUUCCUCUCGCAGAGUAAACCACAAAGAAGCAUCAGUGAUUGCCUGGAAAUGAUGUUGGUGGUAAAUGCAAGACUCAUCAUUGUGGCUUUGAAAUAUACCCACUAGUUAUCAGUGCAAUCUAAAGGUACAUGGUUUCGUGCAUCCUUGGUGUAUUUUUCUUUUUAUAUUGGCUGUUCAAUACAGUAGUCAAUGAACUCUGUUUGAAGAGGCAGAGGACAGGUUUUUGUGGUGGUUGAAUGAAUAUGUAACUGUGCUCUUGAGCAGGCUUUUUCAGGUUUGUGAAAAACAACUUGCAUCAAAUGUACAAUUGAAAAUAUGUAAGGGUUCUUGUUCUGUUUAGUUAAGGUUACUGAAAGUCCUCUUUGACAAAUCUGACCACGUGCUUAUGUCAAAGAGGGCUGAAGAACAGAGGAAAAGUAGUGUGUCCUGAUUUAGUUUGUCUUUGGUCAUCAUAAAGACACAUUACAGUUAGGACCAUAUCAUUAAGUUGGCAUUUUACCUCAGCUUUCUGCUUCCCAAAAAUCUAACCCAGAUUCUCAGCUUCAUUACUACAUCUCAUUUGCUUUUUUGUUUUCAAAUUUAUGAACUGUGCUGCACUGUGAGUAAACACAGUUUUAGAGCUUCCUGUUACUGUUUCCCAUUCUCCCCUGACUACAUGAGCAGGACCAGAAUAUAGUAGUGUAGAAAAAAUGCAUUUGUAAUAUUAAUCUUAACAUUAAUUAUCUUCUAUAAUAAUAAAUAUAUUCACUGUUAUGUUAUUGUCAUUGUUUCAGGUAUCAAGCAGAACCCCUCUCCUGAAAUGUUUUAGGUCACACAAAAACACAUCAUUAGGCUGCUUCACAUAAAUGUUAAAAUGCUUGUGAACCUAUCAAGGCCUAUCAAUUGUAUCUCUGGUCUCUAUGGAUUUCAUCUGACCUAAAUAUGUAGAGAGGCAGGUUUUCCUGUGUGGUUUAUAUGUAUACAUUUGGGAGUGGGACUGUGGGAGCGCUGAACAUUUAAUUGUCCUGUUAUUGAUAAAAUAAGUUAUAUACAUGGAAAGUGGGACAAAUGCUAAGAAAAAAUAUAAGACUCAAGGGCAAGUAGACAGUGGGUCAACUGAGAGGGAAAAGACUGGGUCAAUUAUUUUAAUAUGACCAUUUUAUACCUUUCAAACCCCCUCCCAAGAGACGGCAAAGAUUAAUUAUUAAAUGAAUUGUUGUUUA